ACUCACUUGGCGCCAAUUUGGGUCAGUCCUUCACCCAGGCGGCCGCCGGCCACUACCUCCGCCGGCUCCCGUGUGGGGAAGGGGCCGCCUGUCCCCGGCUAGCCGGACCCCGUGUGUGGACGAGUCCGCCCCUCCCCAGCCGGCCGGACCCGCGGAGCCCACCCGCCGCCGGCAUGAUCGGCCAGAAGACGCUGCACUCGUUCUUCCGCGCGGCGCCGCCGCCGAGGAAGCGGGAGCGCUCCCCGGAGCAGGGCGGGGAUGCUGAGGCCAACUUCCCCAAAAAGCUGAAGCUGGUGGAAGGUGACUCGGGGAAGGCCUCGCCCCGCUCCCCUCCGCUGAGCCCCGAGCAGCAGGAGCGGAUCCGCAAGAACAAGGAGGCGGCUCUGCAGAGACUCGCGUCGCGAAGCGUCCCCGCGGGGUUCGGAGAGGGCUGGAGGCGGCAGCUGGCGGGGGAGUUCACUAAGCCCUACUUCUCCCAGCUAAUGGCAUUUGUAGCAGACGAGCGAAAACGUCACACCAUCUACCCACCCCCGCAGCAAGUCUUCACCUGGACGCAGAUGUGCGACAUCAGAGAUGUAAAGGUUGUCAUCUUGGGACAAGAUCCUUAUCAUGGACCCAGUCAAGCUCAUGGACUUUGCUUUAGUGUCCAGAGACCUGUUCCACCUCCACCUAGUUUAGAAAAUAUUUACAAAGAGCUGUCUGAAGACAUAGAAGAUUUCACCCAUCCCGGCCAUGGAGAUCUAACUGGGUGGGCCAAGCAAGGAGUACUUUUGCUCAAUGCUGUCCUCACAGUCCGAGCACACCAACCUAAUUCCCACAAGGAAAAAGGCUGGGAACAAUUCACUGAUGCAGUGGUGUCAUGGCUAAACAAUAAUUUGGAUGGACUUGUCUUCAUAUUGUGGGGAGCUUAUGCACAGAAGAAAGGCAUCUCUAUUGACAGGAAACGUCACCAUAUUCUACAGACUGUCCACCCCUCGCCUCUCUCUGUGCACAGAGGGUUUUUUGGUUGUCGGCAUUUCUCUAAAACCAAUGAACUGCUGAAGAAGUCUGGCAAGAAGCCCAUUGACUGGAGAGCACUCUGAGCUACAAAGAUGAAUUUGGGAGUGUAGUAGCCCUUAUAUCAAGGAUCAUCCCAUUCCUGAAAAAUUGGGCUGCAUGAGAAUUAUUCUUUAGACUUGGUCUGGCUGAAAAACAAAAUGGCCUACUUUGCAGAAGUGCUACCUUUAAGUAUCUUUUUUACAUACUGUAUAUGUUUAAGGGGAAAACCAGAGUUUGAUAUAAAGAAUAAUGAAACUUUUAGGUUGUCAAAUUUUUUUAAGCUGAAGUCUGUUGAGCCUGUUCUCAAACCAAAAACCACGUAUGUUCUUUGCUCUAAUGGGACUAUAUAGGGAAUUCUCAUAUUGAGCUAAACUCAUUAAAAAAUUCAGUUUGUGAGCAUCCUUUUACGGUUAGUGAAACACAUCUUAUUUGCUAUUUUUCCCCCCGUAUUUUCCCAUGUGUAAACCUAGAUUUUAUGUUUGGGUAAAAUGGAAGCACCUUUAUACUCUUACAGCAAAAAAGCUAGUUACUGUUUGUUCUGCUAAAGAUCUGUUUAACCCAGUUUCAUUUUCCAGAUGUCGAUGUAUUUGUGCUUUAAAGAUGGUUUUCUAUCAGGCAGCUGGACUAGGUGUGUGGUCUUACUGAACACGCCUUUGAACUCCCUGAGGAUUUCAGGGCUAAUAUCCCAGACAAUUGGGGGAAGUUAUGCUAAUAUUUGUGAUGUUUCUCUUUUUUAUAUGCAAAGUACUUUAUUGUGAGUUUAAUACUAUCAAAGUUCCAUUGGGCAUAACAGCUCCUUCUAACUACCACAACAGCCUGACUUUCAGAAAAAGUGUUCUCAUGUUAUUUAGUAUGUGUCUUUUGUCACCUGCAUAUGUACCUGCUGAUGACAGCUGAACUUCAAGGUGAUCCUUCAGGAUGGUAUUAGAACCUUUCAUGUCACUCUUCAACAUGUUUGAAUGUACAGUAAAAUCAGGAUGCCUCAGAUAUAGAAUUGGUUCUGUGCAUUUCAUAGUUAUGAAUUAACAUAAUUGUCUUCAUUUCACUUUUUUGAACCUCCUCUCAUCCAGUGUGUAUCUUUCUCCCACAGUUUUACUUCCACUCAGAGCUAGUCUGAAGUUGGAGAUGCCUAGCAUCUCUAAAGUUACAUCCCCUGAAGAGUUAAAUCUGUUCUUUAGCAUGUCACAGGGGGCAACAAUCUUGUUCAUAGUCACCAUUUAGCAUCUGGUUACAUUGUGCAAACCUAUUUCUCGUGCCAUGCUGAUCCAGCAAUAUUUGCUUAGUUAAAACUCCCAUUGAAAACAAUAGACGUUUUGCCUGAAAAAGAUCUACAGGAGUUGGGUCACCUAGUUCAAAGUGGAUUAUUGCCAUUUCUUUGUUUAUUUUUUAUUUUCAGUAUGUUGCAAACUGCAGUAUGGAAGUGACAGAUCCUUUUAUCCAUGAACAUUUUGCUCACUGUUUUGCCACCGUGGUGGCUGGCUCCAAUAGAAAUUGAAGAUUUCAUGCUGCUCCCACAAAGUUGGUGACAGAACCCACCUUGCUCCCACUGACAUCAGGGGGAGCAAGGUGGGGCUUUGAUGAAAUUCUAGGAUUUCAGCUCUAGCUCUGAAUUAAUUGAUACUUUUCUAUUAACUUUCACUGAU